GUCUUUCGUAUGUUUUAGUACUAUACAGUGGCAUAAACACCACCAUCUUAAAAAGUGCGUAUCAAUUUAGUGUUAUUUUCCAAUCAUCAACACAUUCCCAGUACCGUGAUUUGAUAUAGGUGAAAAAGCACCAUACAAUCGCUUUAUUUGGGUCCGCAAUAAUGGAAGAGGUUCUUCAAUCAUGGGCAUCACCAAUCUGGGCACCCGACACAAUGAACUACAGGAAGUUUUUUAAUGCGUCCGUGUCGGGAGACAUGCAAGCGAUACAGGAGGUUCUGACCAGCGGAGAAAUCGACAUAAAUGCGUGCCCGGACUAUAUGGACUGGGAAGGCGCAACGGCCCUGCACCAAGCCGCUGAACACGGUCAUCUCGAGCUUGUCCGAUUAUUGAUCUCUCAUGGCGCCGAAAUCGAACGGAGGGAUCACUCGCCAGUGGGACCAAAAACAGCCCUGCAUAUUGCCGCCCAUAACGAGCACCUUGCUAUUGUCCAGGAGCUCAUACAGAAUGGGGCUGACGUGACCACCCGGGGUGAGAUGGGAGGCCCUCUUUUGAACUUCGUUUUGUGGAAUAUACGGAGCGUUUCCGAUAAGAUAUACGAGAUUAUCGACCUGGUGCUCAGCCAAGGUUAUGAUAUUAAUUCAUGGUACAUGGACAUGGGCGGCACUGUACUCCAUCAGGCGUCUGAAAUUGGGGAUCUCACGCUCAUUCGGUUUUUAGUAGACCGUGGAGCCGACUGCAACUAUACCGCCCCAACCUAUGAGGACUACACUGUGUUACACAGUGCUGUCACGUAUAAGCAAAUCGAUGCAUGCAGACUGCUUAUUGAGUUAGGGGCCCAGGUCACUCCUAGCGCCUUUGGCCAAGCCUUUUCUAUGGAAAUGGUCGAGCUUCUACAUCCACACCUCAGCCAGUCAGAUAUAUCGACCAGUGGAAUUUUGGAUCAUGCCUCUGUCGACUUUGUGCGUGAUCUGUUGGCAAGGCAGAUAGUCAACGUGAAUGACGUGAAUCUGAGUGGCGAGUCAGCGCUUUUUGGAGCAUGUAUUCAACGCAAAUCCACGGCAAAGCUUGAAGUCUUACUAGAGUUCGGGGCUGAUCCUCACGUUCGCAUUUCUCGAGUAGUACCGGGUCAAAUUUUCAAGGGGGACACACCGUUGCAUUGGGCAGUAUUGUUUACUUCUUCCACAGGCGUCACUAUGCUCAUUCAAGCCGGGGCGAAUCUGGAAGCCAGAAACGAAGCAGGGCACACCCCGUUGAUUCGACUUGCUAUGUCCGGACCGAAUGAACCUCGCCUGGAAAUUUUCGAGGUUCUUGUAAAGGAAGGAGUAGAUGUCAACGCAGUGGACUUGGAACAUAACACAGCCCUCCAUCAUUUGGCCAUGCAAAGAAUGCAUAUCAUAAGUUCGCUGGAAAACCUGGUGGUCUUCCAAUUGCUCAUGAAAGCGGGUGCGUUGACUAACUUGGUUAACUCGCAAGGCAAAACUUGCUUGGAAUUGUUCAGUUCAAGUGCAAUCUUCCGCGAGUCCAUAGAUGCGCUCUAUCCAUAGUACAAUCUAGGACGGUCUAGUGGUCAGUGAAGCUACACCUAAAUCUUU